UCAAUCAAUGCUGUCAUAUUAGUUCUCUACUGUUUUGAGAAAAUCUGACAGUAUGGUAUCUUGAGACUUACUCCGCCCGUCCAAGAACCGGCAUUCUCUUUUGUCUUGUUCUGCCCAAGAGGCCUGAUCUCGAUGAUUCUGCACCGCCACGCUUGACAACACUGCCACUCGCUGCCAUCGGCACUGCUUCGCCUUGGUCACCACCUCAGACGGUCUCCGUCACCAUGCGUCCACGACCUCCAAACGGCUACACUGCGGUCCCUUCCACUCCUUCAUCUCCAUCACCCGAAUACGGCGACGACGAGGAGCAGCUGACUCGCGCCCCGCUGCCUUCUUACCCACCGGACCCACGUUUCGAUCAGCCCACACCACCUGCAUGGCAGCGCGCCGGGCUGAUAGCUGUACUAGUUUUCUGCAUCUAUUUCGCGGUCUGGUUACAGAAUGGUUGGCAUAUGGGGGCGCUGGUCUGAACCAAGCAGCCGUAAGCGGUGGCGAGGGAAAUAAGCUCUGUCAGCGAUCAAUCUCUUGCUCGGAUCUUUCUCUUUCUGGGCUUUCGCGUAACAUAACACACUCUUCGACAACGGACUGGACCGACCAACCAUACAUCGGAGACGAGGACAUUGUAUCAAACUGCAUGCUAGCAUACGAAUGUUUAAUCUUCUUCCCACUGCGCACCGUACGGCUCAAGAAUCUUUCUGCCGAUAUGAACAGCAUCUCUGAACCCUGUGAUCAUGCAUGCAUGAGGCGUGUAGUCGGGGUUUAGGUGACGGCAAGAGCAAGCGGAUCUUCCCCAUCUGAUAGCUUUAGAAUCUGCAUCCCGAGCCCUUUCUGGUGCAUCGUUAUCUUGACUGGCCGACGCGGACUCCCGAGUGUCACGGCUUGGCUCUCCCGUCAACAGAAGAUCGAGCCUGUCUCACCGCUAUGUGAGACCGGCGCUUCGAGCCGGUAUGUACAGGAGCAAUGGGGCGUGUUUCGCAUCUGUCUAUCUCAAACUAUCAUGUCUGCCCCAGCAUCUACCAGUGCAUGCAGCAAGCACGCCUUCAUCACCGCCGCAGGGACGGAUCAACGUGCACCCUGUCCUGCUCUCAAUACGCUCGCAAACCACGGCUAUAUCUCCCAUGACGGCGGUAACUUGCAUUUCACGGCCGUUCUGCAAGCGGUCCGAUGCGUCUACAACCUCUCGCUCCCGCUGGCGUUUCUGCUGACAUUCACGGGGUUUAUCACUUGCGGAAGCUUCCGGCUCGACUGGCGCGCACUCACGUGCUCAUGGACCCUGUCUCUGGCAGAUCUCAGUGCUCGCGGCGGCUCCAAGAUCACGCACGAUGCAUCUCUCGUACACCCGUCCCACGGGACGUCGCAUGCGCCAGAUCGGUCGCUGGUCGCGGAUCUGCUCGCCCGCGCCAGAGUGCGCUGCGGCCUCACUCUCCCUGAGCUAGCUGCCGUCCAUUCUGCCCGGAUAUCCACGCUGUCUCACCCGCUGAGUCUGUUCCACGAACAAGUGGCGUUAGGGGAGUGCGCGCUGGCGUGGCUGGUGCUGCAGGACCGGAAUACCGGGGUGAUCGAGACGCAAACUCUUGAGCAGUGGUUUGGAGAGGAAAGAUUGCCCCUCGGCUGGUGGGAUGCUACGCGGCCAGUGAACAGCAUCGGACUGCUCAAGGCCAGGAGAACAGCGACUGAAAUCGGACGUCUUGCAGACACAAAGAAGAACCGCACGAUUUGAAUCAAACUUGUUGCAUGGCUUUCAGAAAGAAAAAACAAUGCUGAUUGUACUAGACUAAUCACGAAUGCACCCUCGAAUAAGCGAUAUUCUUCUCUGCCAGCUGGUUACCACGACGGCCCAUCUCAUCAGUUUGUGGGCGGCCACAAGUCAUAGAAUCUGGAGACAACCGUUUGAUCAUGCUGAGCAGUGAUCUUGAGCGACGGUCUGUGGAUGAGUCUUCCCCUUUUCCAUGUCAUGAUCUAUAUACUCUACAUGGUUCAAGAUGUUUUGUCGAUCUCAAGCGUGCUUCGAACUAAAAUGAAAAAUGAGAAGGCUAUCACGUUCAACGCAGGGUGUUCUCAGGUCAAAGAGAAGAAGCUGGUGGUCAAUGAAGAAAAGCCGAAGAGAAGUCCCAUUCAGCAAAACUAAUGCUCCUCAACAGGGUCGAACUGUUGACCUCCAGAUAAGGUGACUCUGAGUCACUCAUAUGCGAAUAUGAGACUGGCGCUCUAACCAACUGAGCCAGAGAAGCUGUGGAGCAGC